UACAACUGAUGGUCGAGAAUAGAUGGCAUGGUCGAAAAGUCAUGUCAUUGAUUCUCGCUUAUGUGUUACAUGUUGUCGCGGAUUUCUAACGUCGUUUCUUUGUCGGCUAAUCACAGUAUUUUUCCGUCACAUGUUAAUUUUUGUAGUAUUUAUGUGUUACAUGGCGUUUAUUGCAGUCUAUUGGUUGCCUGACGUAUUUGGAGCUGACAACCUGGAUGAAUGUUUAUUCAGCCUAACUUGGUAAUUUGUAACAAUGCAAACUCAGGCAAGUGAAAUUCACCAUUCAUCAAGUCAAAAAUACACCAAAAUUAUAGUUUCAAGCAAAAACAAGCUGUAGAAUAAUUUACAUAUGACUUACCUCCCUUAUUAUGGUAGUGACCCAAACAACCAAUAAAGUGGAAAUAAAAGCGAAAAAGGGGGAAUAAAGUGGACGAAAGCGUAAAUAAAGGGGAAAUGUCGCUUUUUCGCCUGCACGUGAGGGACAGAUUUAUGGCCAUGUUGACGCGUUUAAUGAAUGAUGAUCCUAAAACCUCCAUGCGAUAUCUUCUGUCCUACAUCAUGAAACCUGAAGUUGCCAUUAAUUUCACGCUACUUGUUACUUCAUCAAAACGAGCGAUUCAGAAGUGCCGGUUUUAUGGAUGCGUACGAAGUGCACUUACUAAUCGAUCCCUGUCGUCAUCUGUCACUGAGAAAGACCUUGCGAAACUAUGUGACAUGGCUACACAAAGUUAUUUUCACGACAUGAGAGACAAAGUACAGAAGCGUCAUCGACGGAAGAAAGAACACGUACGUUCGACUUUAAAGUGAUUAUUGUUUUCCGGUUAUCUAUAGGUAGAGUCUUCCGUGUUUAAGGAUAUAACCGUAAGUUCAGCUUCAAGUACCUUGUUGUGCAAAACAAGUUUCCUAGAUAUAGUAACGUUCUUCUUCAUUACAUUUUAGAAUUCACAAGAAUUAUUUGAAUCUCCAUAGUCCAAAAGGCCUGAUGGAAAGAAACAAUAUCUGGUCCGUGACAAUCGCAAUUACAUCAGGAACAUUGAUGCUCUACCAUCUGCCAAGUGCUCAUGACGUUGUACAAUAAUAAGCUUUUUGUUUUCAAUAAAAAUUUGGAACUUAUACCAUAUAUUACGUACAUUACAUUAUUCGUGUGCUGUGUUGUGGGAAUGAAGGUGAACACAGGAGGCGGUUGGGGUAAAUACAAAAGCGUUUUAAAAGUGGGCGCUUAAUUACAUCGGUGUGCAUGUAGUAGAAAAGUAGACAAUUCGUCGGAUAUUUAGGGUGAAAAUCGGAAAUUCGUCGGAUAUUUAAGGUAAAAGUCGGCAAUUUAGCGACAUUUGAAAAACAGAGCGACAGAAAGGGGAAAUUUCGCUUUAUUUCCCCUUUAUUGGUUGUAUGGGGAUGAACGUGGGUGUCAGUAGUUGUUUAUAAAUUGUAAUUGAGAGUCAAACUAUUCAUUAAUCUUGUAAUGGCAAUAAUAAUCAUUCCAUGCGAUGUUCCUAAUGGGAGUUUGUUUUUCUAUUGCAGGGCAACAAAGAGUAAACGCACUCUAAAUAGAGGAAGAAGCCCUACGCGAUCUGAACGAGCAGAACAAUGAAUAAAACUAUUUUGUAGAAGGUUUCCCCUUUUGCACUCAACCGUGUCUUUCAAUUUUAAAAAUAUAUCUGUUGUACCAGU